AGGAGUCUUAGUGAUGUUCACCUGACAUUUCCACCUAUACAACCUAUUAUUCACUCUCUCUCUCUCUCUCUUCUUGUUUUCAUGGUGGUGAAGAUGAUGCAUAGAAUCCUCCCCAGGGCGUUUUCGGGCAAAGCCUCUCUCCUCCGUUGCACUCCCACUGCAUCAAAAUCGACUCUAUCUCAACAACUUCAAGAAAAUGAGUCUCCUCUCCCGAAAAUGCCCCCAUUCGACUACACUCCGCCACCGUACUCCGGUCCCUCGGCCGAGGAGAUCCUCAGCAAACGCCUGCAGUUCCUGAGCCCCGCUGUUUUUCACUUCUUCAAGAACCCAUUGAGUUUGGUGGAUGGGAAGAUGCAGUAUUUGUUCGACGAAAAGGGUCGGAGAUAUUUGGAUGCGUUUGGCGGAAUAGCGACUGUGUGUUGUGGGCACUGUCAUCCCCAUGUGGUGGACGCUGUCGUCAAUCAGACCAAGCGUUUGCAGCAUUCGACCAUUCUGUACUUGAAUCCUGCUAUAGCCGAAUUCGCCGAGGCUCUCGCGGCUAAAUUCCCUGGGGAUCUCAAGGUUGUUUUCUUCACAAAUUCUGGGACGGAGGCAAACGAGUUGGCUCUGUUGAUGGCACGAUUAUACACAGGUUGUCAUGAUGUAAUUUCGAUUAGGAAUGGGUAUCAUGGCAAUGCAGCUGGGACGAUGGGCGCUACUGCUCAGAGUAGCUACAAAUUCAAUGUUGUCCAGAGUGGAGUCCACCAUGCACAGAAUCCCGACCAGUACAGGGGCGUAUUUGGCUCAGAUGGACUGAAGUAUGCAAGAGAUGUUGAUGAUAUAAUUACCUAUGGAACCUCUGGUCAUGUUGCUGCCUUCAUCGCUGAAGCUAUACAGGGAGUCGGUGGAAUUAUGGAGUUGGCCCCAGGAUACUUGCCAGCAGUCUAUAGCUCCAUCAGAAAAGCAGGGGGCCUUUGCAUAGCUGAUGAGGUCCAAUCAGGUUUCGCUAGGACAGGAAGCCACUUUUGGGGAUUUGAGGCCCAUGGAGUUGUGCCGGAUAUUGUAACCAUGGCCAAGGGCAUUGGAAAUGGAAUACCGCUUGGGGCUGUGGUUACCACUCCAGAGAUUGCGAAGGUCUUAGCUCAUCGCAGUUACUUCAAUACCUUUGGUGGCAAUCCCGUAUCUACUGCUGCUGGGCUUGCUGUUCUUCAAGUACUAGAAAAAGAAAAUCUUCAGCAGAAUGCAUUAACUGUUGGAUCCUAUCUGAAGGAACGUCUUACUUCUCUCAAAGACAAAUACGAGAUUAUUGGUGAUGUGAGGGGAAGAGGUCUAAUGCUCGGAGUUGAACUUGUAAAAGAUCGCCAACUGAAAACUCCCGCCAAGGUUGAGACCCUACAUGUAAUGGACCAGAUGAAAGAAAUGGGAAUACUGAUAGGAAAAGGGGGUUUCUUCGGCAACGUCUUUAGGAUCACUCCACCCCUCUGCUUCACCAAAGAUGAUGCUGAUUUUCUUGUAGAUGGGAUGGACUAUACAUUGUCAAAGAUGUAAACCCAAGUUGUCGUUGCCAAGGAUGGACAACAGCGACCAGCAUAGCAGUACAACCUCAGUUACGCAACUUCAUCCACAACGUCUUGUACUGUAGUAUAUGUAGAUUUGCCGUAUGGGAAAGGAGAUGGUGGGACAUCACCUCGUUGUCCCUCAUUCCGUUGUUACUCUAUACUGAUGUGUGAGCAGGAGCAGCUUCAGCUUCAACUAUGAAGUGGCCGGAAAUAAAGCUGCCUGCUGGGCGAAGAGAUGCUGAGACAUCACCUCGUUGUCUCUCUCUCUCUCUCUCCUUUGUAUUGAUUUAUGUAUUGGUGUAAUGGCUUGCAGACUAUGUUCUUGUUCUUCUC